AUGCACAACUCGUCCCUGUCGUCAGCUGAGUAUAUGAGCUCAAAAUGGGGUGAUUUGAAGGCUGCCAACUUCAAUACCGUACUGGGCAGUGUCCCUUGUGAGUCGAUCGAGCCCGAAGAGGGCGUCUCCGAUUUCUCUCACGUGGACAAGGCUAUUCUUGAACUGAAACCUAUCGACCUCUGCGAAGCGGCAUGGGAGGCCGACGCCAGGGCCUUCUCCACACUCAUGAGGCAUAUUAAGGAAAUUGAUGCCGCGCAUAGCACAGUUCUCAUGAUCCAGGUGCAGAACGAGUGCCGUGUCCUUGGUGACUCGAGAGACAGGAGCAAACUGGCAGAGAAGGUCUUUGCACAGCCCGUGCCACUUGACCUACUGGGUCAUCUGGCAGGCAAACAGCACCUGAAUCCCAAGUUUGAGAAAAGAUGGCCCAGAUUCAGAAACACUGUCAGCUUGGACGUUGGCAAGACGUGGCAGCAAGUCUUUGGCAAGGGCAAUGCUACGGACGGAUUGUUCAUGGCUCAUUCUUACGCUUCCUACAUUGGCAAAGUCGCUCAGGCGGGCAAGGAGGGAUUUCCCCUUCCGUUCUUCACCAAUGUGUGGCUGAGCACGGACGAUGAGUCUCUCCUCGACAUUAGGGAUAUUGCCGACGGCAUCGGGAUGAAGAUUGUGGCUUGCAGCGGACACAAGCCGGGCAUCUACCCGUCCGGCGGCCCAUGUCCUCACACUCUGGACGUGUGGAAGUGCUGUGUCCCCGGACUGCAUUUAAUCGCGCCCAAUGUCUACUUGCAAAAGUACGAGUGGGCUUGCAAGCAGUACCGGUACGACAACCAGCCGCUGCUUAUUCCAGAGCGGCGAAUCGACACGAUUGAAGCCGCCAAGAACGACUUUAAAAAGCCGUAUGGGCUCUUGGACAAGAUGAGUGAUCACAUUCUGGCCACACAGGCCAAUCACCCCGAGGAUAUGUUUGACUUCUUCUUUGACGAGCCGUCUCGAACCGCCCGAGCGAGCUGGGUCCGGUCUAUGGGCAUCUUUACACUCCACGUCAUCCGCUCAUUUGUCUUUGAAAACCAGUCACCAGGCUAUGGCAUUUUUAUUCCUCGUGGCCAGGGUCGAUUUCUUCUCAUUGGUGAGGGGUUCCAGGUCAAGUUUGGGAGUCAGAAUCCCGAUGCUUCGUAG